AUGAGGGAAGGAGAUGAGUGGAAAACCGCAUUUAAGACGAAACAAGGUUUGUAUGAAUGUAAAUCCUUGAGCGAACAUGCUGAACAUUUAAGGAUUAUUCUAAGCACUUUAAGAGGAGAGCAUUUAUAUGCUAAUCUCAAGAAGUGUGCUUUUUGUACUAACCAAGUUACCUUCUUAGGUUUUAUUGUUAGUUCACAGGGACUAGCAGUUGAUCCAGAAAAGAUUAAGGCAAUUCAAGAAUGGCCAGAACCGGUCAACAAGAAUUCAAACUUCUGUUGGGGCAAAGAACAAGAUGAAGCCUUCAAGGAACUUAAGGAUUAUUUGACAAAGGCUCCCCUAUUAGCCUUGCCAAACUUUGAUAAGACAUUUGAAGUUGAAUGUGACGCCUCCGGGAUUGGAAUUGGUGCUGUUUUGAGUCAAGAAGGAAAACCGAUCGCUUACUUUAGCGAGAAGCUGAAUGGUGUAACCUUGAAUUAUCCCGUCUAUGACAAAGAGAUAGAUGGAAAGGACAAGGCAGAAUUUGUUAAGAAACUCCAUCAACAAGUCAAGGACAAUAUUGAAAGAAGAACUAGACAAUAUGAGCAGCAAUCGAACAAAGGAAGGAAAAAGGUAACUUUUGAGGCAGGAUAUUGGGUUUGGGUACACUUCAGAAAGGAGAGAUUUCCAAAUCAAAGAAAAUCCAAAUUAUUACCCCGAGGAGAUGGUCCAUUCCAGAUUAUGGAAAAGAUCAAUGACAAUGCAUACAAGCUAGAGUUUCCCGGGAACACAAAGUUCAUGUCCCAUGAUGAACGGUUUUUUUGGAUUCUUGAAUAUAAUUCCACCAUAAACACGUCAAGUGGGCCAUUAAAAUAUGGGCAAACAUUGGCAGCACAUUCCAUCACUUAA